AUGGCCAGCAACCACUCAACGACGAGACGAGCUUAUCGCCGAACAGACGACUUCACACCAGGCACAACAAAGAUCAAGAUCGCAGAAGAAGCACUGCCAUUGCCACUCGCUGCAACAAGUGUCUUGAUCAAAGUUCAUGCCGUGGCUCUCAAUUACAGAGAUGCCAGCAUCUCGAACGGUGGCAACCCUUGGCCCGUAACACCUCACGAGGUCAUCGGCAACGAUGCGGCUGGUGAGGUGAUUGCUGUUGGUGAUCAAGUCAAGACUCUCAAGAUUGGAGAUCGAUGGAGACGAUCAUGGCUCGCUGCUGACGAGGAUGGGGUGUUGGCGGAUUAUCUUGUCUACGACGAGAAGGUGCUUGGGAAGUUGCCUACGUAUCUUGACUGGGUGCAGGCCAGUAUAGUGCCUUGCGCGGGUGUGACGGCUUGGUCGGCGUUGAAAGGUGCAGAGAUUGGACAGAGUGUCUUGAUACAAGGUCUGCCAGAUUAUCGCCGACGAGCGUAUGAUGUUAGGCUGACGAAGUUUGUGACAGGUACUGGUGGCGUUGCCAUGUUCGCUCCAAAGCGUGCAAGAUCUAUGGGCCUCAAGGUCAUUCUCAGCUCGUCCCGUGACAAGAAGCUGAAGAAUGUCUGCGACCUGUUUACAGAACCGCCGAUUCUGACUGUCAACUACGCCACAAAUGCAGAGUGGCAUGAAGAUGUGCUCAAGCAUACUGAUGGCGCCGGUGUUGAUCUCAUUGUCGAGAACGGCGGUCCUGGGACCCUGCUCAAGAGCAUGAAGUGCACUCGUCGAGGUGGUACCAUCAGCCAAGUUGGCCAUCUGGAUCGGCAGAAGUUCGAUGAUGCCUUGGAGAUUGUCCCUACUCUGAUUGAUAGGAGGAUCCUUCUGAGAGGUAUCAACGCAGGGUCAAAGACAGAUAUGGACGAUCUUUGUGCCGCUCUCACAGCUACCAGUAUUCGUUUCGACGACAUUAUCGAUUCGACCUGGCCAUUUGAGAAAGCCGAUGAGGCACUGCAGUGCCUUUGGGAAGGCAAGCAGAUCGGAAAGGUCGUCAUCAAGAUUUUGGAUUGA